UUUAGGAUUCAUGUCAGGAAUUUCAUUGAGCCUACCAUAAUACACAAGUGGAACCAAGAUCAACUGAAUCUUAUAAGACCGCUGCAAGAGGGAGGAAAUGUUGCUGUGGCUGGAGAUAUGCGUGCUGACACGCCAGGACACUCAGCAAAAUUUGGCAGCUACACCAUUAUGCACAUGGAAACCAACAAAAUUCUGGAUCUUCAACUAGUUCAGAGCAAUGAGGUUGGUGGCAGUUAUCAUAUGGAAAAGGAGGGAUUGAAGCGUUGUCUCGAUAAGCUGGAGUCUCAUGGUUUAGCUGUUGACUACAUCGUCACCGAUCGCCAUCCGCAGAUUCAGAAGUACCUGAGGGACCGCAAUAUCACUCAGUUCUAUGACGUGUGGCACUUUGAGAAAGGUUUAUCUAAGAAACUUGACAAACUUUCAAAGAUGAAGGACUGUGAGGUGCUGAAAAAAUGGUUGCACAGCAUCAAAAACCAUGUUUACUGGAGUGCGAUUUCCUCUGAGUCUGGGCCAGAAAAGGUGGCGAAGUGGAAUUCACUGCAGAACCACAUACAAAAUGUACAUGUUCAUGAGAACCACCUCUUCCCCAAGUGUGAACACCCUGACAAAGUUUCCAGGGAUCCAAAAAAAUGGUUCCAACCAGGAUCAAUAGCGCUCCAUAAAGUGGAAAAGCUAUUAUACAACAAGAGAGUUCUCAAGGAUAUAGAAAAGCUCAGCCACAACUUUCAGAUGUCAUCACUGGAGGCUUUCCACAGUCUGAUUUUGCGUUUUGCCCCAAAGAACGUGAUUUUCCCUUUCAUAGGAAUGUUGUGCAGGUAAUAAUCUUUGACAUGUUCAGUAAUAUUUAUAAACAUUGUUUCUAACAAUUGUUAUGGAAAUGUUUUUUUAUU